AUGCUUUUGCAAUGUGUUGUACAGGUGCAAGAGCCUUCUAACACAGACCUUCAGAACGCCAUCGUACAAAAGGUCUACAGCAGACUCAACUUGCCGCUGCCCUACGACCCGAACCUACGAUGCAUGCGCAUCGACAACCUAUUCCGGCUUGCAAACUACAGAGUUCGCACAGUCGGUAUUUCAGAGAUCAAGACCACGUUCUCCAGCGUGAUGGAGAUGCCCGAGCAGCUAGCGCUGUAG